AUGCUCUCCGAAUUGCCUUCGGAGAUUGUCGUUCAUAUCACAAUAUAUCUUCGCACUAUCAGUGACUUGGCAAAUCUCGCACAAACAUGUCGGAGACUCCAUAAAAUCGUCAACACAGAAGAAUCCGCGAUAUUUCGAGCGUUCGUUCAAAACCAGUUUCCAUCAGUUCAUACUCCAUCAUUUUGGAAGGACGCAGCUCGUGUUCUCACUGCUCGGUCACGGGCUUUGGACAGACUUGGGGUAUUUGGCCGGUUCGUCACUCCGCCAGCUACCACCAUCCGAAUUGGACUGAGUGACCCAACACGUCUUGACAACCCCACGCUUGGAUACAGACCUGCCAUCGAUUCCUAUGAAAUAUGGAAUGGCGAAAGAUGGGCUGAUCGAAGGGAAGUGCUGGCUUGGGGCGCUGGCCACCAAUUGGUCAUGCGAACCAAACAGUCCGGAUCUCGCCAAAAAGAGCAAUGGAUCUCGUUCAGCGACGUGGAAGAAACCAGUAGCUACGAUGAUAUCUGCGGAUUACAUCUUCUGCAGCCGGAACUUGACAAAGGCACCGAUGUCGAACAUUUGAUUUUUGGCCGAAUGCGAGGCGAUAUCGUGCAUGUUGCCCUUUCUAUCGCCACGGCAACCCACGAGUAUAAACGAAAUUUCGCUACCAGUGGGGAGUUACUCGAUAAAACGGACUUGGUUGAUCAUACAAUGGCUGCUCAUUUCGACAAUGGCUCUGUUGCUUUGUACGACCUCGAGAAUGAGCACAAAAAAGUGGAGCCGUUUGCAUGGGCCACAGUGGGAUGUGAAGUAGAACGGUCAAAGCGAAGCCGGUAUUCGAAGUUGUUAUCAUCAUCAAAGCUCGCAGUAGCUACAGCAGCAGCUACUGGCGGAACUAAAAAUUCUCUAUCAAUCAACACGAUAUCCCCCGAUGGGGUGUGCCUCGAUCGAGAAAUUGUCGUGAAGUCUCUGGAUGAUGACGAUCAGGUCGGGAGAUCUGUACAGGCCUCUGCUACUACUAUUGCUCCCCUCAAUAUGCAUUCAUUUUCUCGUUCACCGGGCGAUGUAUUCCUAGCAGCUUGGGGAGACCGCACGAUAAGACUUCACGAUCUUCGCUCGCCGAAUUCACACGAAGUCGAAUACCAAGAUACAACGGACACCAACCUCAUUUACAGCGUACAGCCAUUCGGCCAUGAUCGCUUUCUGGCCGGAGCCGCUGGCAACGCAAUUCUUAAAAUAUUUGACCUUCGCAUGAGCAAUGCCUACAGCUACUUGGACACGCACAUUCCACAAACCCUAAAGUCGCGCAAUCCGGCGCAAACGAGCCGCGCCCAUUGCCCUCAUAAAGAUUUUUCGAUGUUCAUUUCCUCGCAUGUUCCUUUCAGUACACCGCGAAACUCACGACAAAAUAAACGCCGACCCUACCGUGGUCCGAUCUAUGCACUCUCUACACCAUCCCCAUCUUCACCGACUGUGUAUACAGGAAUCGUGGAUGCUGUUGUUCGACUGGAUUUUGCUUCGACCGAUGACCUGACAGGACCGGCACGUGAAUGGUACACCUAUAAUUUGGAUCUUGGGGUAGAGACCGGCCAGACGUCGGUUCCCGUUGAAGGGGACAGUGUGUUUAGAAUGGCAGGUUAUGAGCGUCCGGACGCAGAUGAUUCUACCACAACCUCUAAAUUGAGGAAUCAGCAUGGUACUUGGUAUCCGGAGCAGAAGUAUAUCAACAACGAGGCAGGAACUGGUUGGGACAGGCGGUGGGAGCCGCUUGAAAGAUCUGGUGCUUGGAGAAGGCGGGACUAG